AACAGGGAGUUGCAGUGAGAAUGUAUCAUGGCAAUAUGGCGGAAGAUGAGCGUCGUUUCGCGUUACAUGAAAUUAGAACAAACCCAGAAUUAAGAGUUUUCAUUGUGUCAAUUAAAGCUGGUGGUACAGGUCUGGAUAUCACUCCGUGUAAUCAUGCUAUCAUAACUGAGCCCUGGUGGAAUCCCUAUUUGGAGGACCAGGCAUUCUGUCGGAUAUAUCGUCCAGGUCAGACCCGUCCGGUGUUUGUUUACAAAUUAGUCGUAGAGGACUCUGCGGAGGUCAAUGUUGUCCAGACUCAAGAUGAGAAAUGAAAGCUGAUUGAGGACGUACUGAGUCAAUGUGUUACACGGCCAUGAACACCUGUUAUCCUCUCUCAUUUACCUCUGUCGACUUACUGGC